GAAUCGCUGCCCCAGCUCCUCCCCGUCCAGCGGCCCGGCGCCUCUUCUGCUCACCCGGAGCAGCCCGAACGCCCGCGCCAGGGACAAUCCUCGCCUUGUCUAGUCGCCCGCAAUCUCGAGUUUUCCGAAGCCUCAGGUUACGCCUUUUUUCCAGGGCGGAGCUCCAGCCCAGCUCCUCCUAGCAGCUGGCCGCCUAGCCGCCCGGGUUUCCUCUUCCCAGAACCUUCUCCGGAGCUGCGAUCCAGGCGCGCAGCCCACCCCGGUGCGGACCCAUGGGGCUCCCUGGCUCGCCCCCUGCCGUGGCCUCGGGACCCUGGCUUCCGCUCCUACCUCUGCUCCUGCUCCUGUUCCUGCUGCCUCCGCCUCCGGGGGCCUCCGCCUCGGACCAGCCCCGGGGCAGCAGCCCUGUCAACCCAGAGAAACUGCUGGUGAUCACUGUGGCCACCUCGGAGACAGAAGGAUACCGCAGGUUUCUGCAGUCCGCGGAAUUCUUCAACUACACUGUGCGGACCCUGGGCCUGGGUGAGGAGUGGCGAGGUGGCGAUGUGGCUCGAACAGUUGGUGGAGGACAGAAAGUCAGGUGGCUCAAGAAGGAAAUGGAGAAAUAUGCAGACCAGAAGGACAUGAUCAUCAUGUUUGUAGACAGCUAUGAUGUGAUUCUGGCUGGCAGCCCCUCGGAGCUGCUCAAGAAGUUCAUCCAGAGCGGCAGCCACCUGCUCUUCUCUGCAGAGGGCUUCUGCUGGCCUGACUGGGGGCUAGCAGAGCAGUACCCGGAGGUGGGCACGGGGAAGCGCUUCCUCAACUCUGGUGGGUUCAUUGGCUUCGCUCCCACUAUCCACCAAAUUGUUCGCCAGUGGAAGUACAAGGAUGAGGACGAUGACCAGCUGUUCUAUACGAAACUCUAUCUGGACCCGGGGGUCAGGGAGAAACUCAGCCUUAAUCUGGAUCAUAAAUCCCGGAUCUUCCAGAAUCUCAAUGGGGCUUUAGAUGAGGUGGUUUUAAAGUUUGACCGAAAUCGGGUGCGCAUCCGGAAUGUGGCCUAUGACACGCUCCCUGUUGUGGUCCAUGGAAAUGGCCCCACAAAGCUCCAGCUCAACUACCUGGGGAACUAUGUCCCCAAUGGCUGGACUCCCCAAGGAGGCUGUGGCUUCUGCAAUCGGGACCGGAGGACACUCCCGGGGGGGCAGCCUCCCCCCCGGGUGCUGCUGGCCGUGUUUGUGGAACAGCCCACCCCGUUUCUGCCCCGCUUCCUGCAGCGCCUGCUGCUUCUGGACUACCCACCAGAUAGAGUGACCCUCUUCCUGCACAACAGCGAGGUAUACCACGAGCCUCACGUUGCAGACUCCUGGCCGCAGCUCCAGGACCACUUUGCAUCUGUGAAGCUCUUGGGGCCAGAGGAGGACCUGAGCCCAGGCGAGGCAAGGGACAUGGCCAUGGACACCUGUCGGCAGGACCCAGAGUGUGAAUUCUACUUCAGCUUGGAUGCCGAUGCCGUACUCACCAACCCACAGACCCUGCGCAUCCUCAUUGAGCAGAACAGGAAGGUGAUCGCACCCAUGUUGUCGCGCCAUGGCAAGCUCUGGUCCAACUUCUGGGGAGCACUGAGCCCUGACGAGUACUAUGCCCGCUCUGAGGACUAUGUGGAGCUGGUGCAGCGGAAGCGGCUCGGCGUGUGGAAUGUGCCCUACAUAGCCCAGGCCUACCUGAUCCGUGGGGAGACUCUGAGGACAGAGCUGCCCCAGAAGGCAGUGUUCUCAAGAAGCGACAUAGACCCAGACAUGGCCUUCUGCAUGAACCUACGGGACAGGGUAAGCAGGCUGACAGCCUGGAGUCUGGUGUUGGGACACCCGAGAUGGCAGCCACCUGGUGUCAUCUCUGUCCUUCUCACGUACACUACUGUCCUGUGCCAGGGCAUCUUUCUCCACCUCAGCAAUCAGCAAGAAUUUGGCCGCCUCCUGGCCACAUCCCGGUAUGACACAGACCAUCUGCACCCUGACCUCUGGCAGAUCUUCGACAACCCUGUUGACUGGAAGGAGCAGUACAUUCACGAGAACUACAGCCAGGCUUUGCAUGGAGAGGGCCUAGUGGAGCAGCCAUGUCCAGAUGUGUACUGGUUCCCACUGCUGUCAGAGCAGAUGUGCGAUGAGCUGGUGGAGGAAAUGGAGAACUAUGGCCAGUGGUCAGGGGGCCGGCACGAGGACUCCCGGCUGGCAGGGGGCUACGAGAACGUGCCCACUGUGGACAUCCACAUGAAGCAGGUGGGCUACGAGGACCAGUGGCUGCAGCUGCUGAGAACAUACGUAGGGCCCAUGACUGAGCACCUGUUCCCCGGCUACCACACCAAGACCAGAGCAGUAAUGAACUUUGUAGUCCGCUACCGGCCAGACGAGCAGCCCUCACUGCGGCCCCACCAUGACUCAUCCACCUUCACCCUCAACGUGGCGCUUAACCACAAGGGCCUGGACUAUGAGGGAGGGGGCUGCCGGUUCCUACGCUACAACUGCAUCAUCUCAUCCCCAAGGAAGGGCUGGGCGCUUCUGCACCCCGGCCGCCUCACCCACUACCAUGAGGGGCUGCCUACGACCUGGGGGACUCGCUACAUCAUGGUGUCCUUUGUGGACCCUUGAUACCCAACCACUGCCAAACCUUCACUGCCAUUGUGCCUUCUUGGGGGGCCUGGCCCCCACACUUGGAGAUGGGUCUCUGCCCAUACCCUUGCCUCCUGAGUGUGUCCCAUUUGCCCAGGACUGAAUGUGUUACCUUGCCAAACCCACAGCCACUCAGGAAGCUGGAGGAGCCCCUGUCCUUCCUUCAGCCUCCUGGGGUUCAUGAUGCUGGGCUUCUGGGGUCCCCCAUGAUAAAUUAUUAAUGUUCCUCAGCCUCCCUCUAAUAAAAGAAGAUUUGUAACUCUUGA